GGAGAUGGCUGGAGGGUUCCACCACAGGCUCACGCAAUGCAAACUCCGCACGCAACUGGGAGGCGACAGGCAGAGGAGGGGGAAACUUUCCAACUUCAUAAACCCUGAAGAUGAAGGAGAUUUUCCCUCCUGCCACAGGAGUCCGCGAGCUCACAGCCCCGCCAGCCGUUCAACUGGAACCGCUUUGCUAAACGUUCACCCAAAGGCAGGAAACCUCGAAGGCUCAGCCAGUCCCGAUGGGUUGGGGCCAAAGGCAAUUGACAAAGAACCGGCUCCCGUAGGGAAGAACCGGGCGGCUGCGAUUUGUCAAUACCAGGCAAUUCGAGAAGGGCUAACUGCGGGCUGGCGGCUGCAGCUGCUGGUGGAAUUGAAGCCAGGAGAGCCAGUGCCAGGACGCUGCCCAGCCGGGCUCCGGCUCAACUCAGGGGGAACUAAACUGUCCUGCAAGCCGCUCAUUUUUCUCCAGCAGGUUUUGGUUGCCCCAUCACCCGGGCUCUGUGCGGGGAUCACACCUGGCUGAUGUCUAUUUAGUCUGAACGAGGCGGGCUGUUGAAGUGCGAGCUCUGAAGGGUUAACAGGCUUGGAAAGUUAGAACAACUCACGAUGCGGGAUCGGGUGCAAUUGGCAUUUGCCUGCACAUGACCUGCCAAGCUGCGGGUGACAAGAACCUGGGCUUCUAAUGAGUUUCCCACAGUCUGGGAUCUGAACCUCACUGCUGCGCUGCGUGCUGAGUCUCCUGCUGGGGCUGCCCAAUUGCACGGAUCAGCUGCUGCGGGCUGCCCGGAUCCUCCCACUGGAGCCCAGAAAUCUCGGAUGGAAGCAUUUAUCAGCAGCAUGGCCCUCCGGCGGCUGGGAGAGGCGCUCUCCAGCAUCCCGCCCCUGCAGAGCGCCCUGCUGCUGCUCCUCUCCCUGCUCGCCGCCAUCCACCUGGCGAAGCUCCUCCUGCGGCAGCGGCGCCUGGAGCCCCCGGGCCCUUUCCCGUGGCCCCUGAUCGGCAACGCGGCUCAGCUGGGCAGCGCCCCGCACCUCACCUUCGCCCGCCUGGCCCGCACCUACGGCGACGUGUUCCAGCUGCGCCUGGGCAGCCGGCCCGUGGUGGUGCUGAACGGCGAGCGCGCCAUCCGCGGGGCGCUCAUCCGCCAGGGGGCCGCCUUCGCCGGCCGGCCGCGCUUCCCCUCCUUCCAGCUGGUGUCCGGGGGCCGCAGCCUGGCCUUCGGCGGCUACUCCGAGCUGUGGAAGCUGCAGCGCCGGCUGGCGCACUCCACCGUGCGGGCCUUCUCCACCGGCAGCCCGGCCCCGCGCCGCCUGCUGGAGCAGCACCUGCUGGGCGAGGCGCGGGCGCUGGUGGCGCUGCUGGUGCGGGGCAGCGCGGGCGGCGCCUUCCCGGACCCCUCGCGCAGCCUGGUGGUGGCCGUGGCCAACGUGAUGAGCGCCCUGUGCUUCGGCCGCCGCUACAGCCACGGCGACGCCGAGUUCCUGCGCCUGGUGGGCCGCAACGAGCAGUUCGGCCGCACGGUGGGGGCCGGCAGCCUGGUGGACGCGCUGCCCUGGCUCCAGCGCUUCCCCAACCCGGUGCGCGCCGCCUACCGCGCCUUCCGCCAGCUCAACCGCGACUUCUACGGCUUCGUGCGCGGCAAGUUCCUGCAGCACCGCGGCAGCCUGCGCCCCGGGGCCGCCCCCCGCGACAUGCUGGACGCCUUCAUCCGCCUGCAGCAGGAGCAGCCCCGGCUGCCGCUCGAGCACGUGCCCGCCACCGUCACCGACAUCUUCGGGGCCAGCCAGGACACCCUCUCCACGGCCCUGCAGUGGCUCGUCAUCUUCCUCAUCCGAUAUCCAAAGGUUCAGGUUAAAUUGCAAGAAGAAGUGGAUAGGAUUGUUGGCAGAGAUCGCUUGCCCUGUGCAGAAGAUCAACCUCAUUUGCCCUAUGUUAUGGCUUUCCUUUAUGAAUCCAUGCGUUUCAGCAGCUUUGUGCCAGUCACUAUUCCACAUGCCACCACAGUCGACACCUCCAUAAUGGGCUACUUCAUUCCUAAAGAUACGGUCAUAUUCAUCAAUCAGUGGUCAGUGAAUCAUGACCCAGAAAAAUGGUCCAACCCAGAGGAUUUUGAUCCAACAAGAUUCCUGGAUGAGAAUGGAUUCAUUAACAAAGAUCUUACUAGCAAUGUGAUGAUUUUCUCAUUGGGUAAACGUAGGUGCAUUGGAGAGGAGUUAUCCAAGAUGCAGCUCUUUCUCUUUACCUCCAUACUGGUACACCAGUGCAAUUUUAUUGCUAAUCCAAAUGAGGACUCUAAAAUGGACUUCACCUAUGGGUUGACCAUUAAACCUAAGCCAUUUACAGUUAAUGUCACUCUUAGGGAAACUAUGGAUUUGCUAGAUAAAGCUGUCCAAAGAUUGCAAGCAGAGAAAUCAGCAAAUCUAUGAACACUGAUGUUUGAAUAAAAUAUAUAAGGAUG